AUGUCCAUCACCGAAGACCCCUCCACCACCAUCCCGGUUCUCAUCAUCGGAGCCGGACCCUGCGGUCUACCCCUAUCCUACAUGCUCGCCAAACUCGGAGAACGCUACCCGACUCGUCUCGCCGCUCCCAAAGCCCACGCCCUCUCGCCUCUCUCUCUCGAGCUCUGUCGCCAGUUCGGGCUCGACGUGAACGAGAUCCGGGGGCUAGGGUCUCCUCGGGAGGACGCGAUGUGGAUGAUUCAUAAUAUUCCGCAGCCGGAUUUCGAGGAGAUGGUUUGUCGGAUGGAGGUGGAGGUGAGGAAGGGACAUUCGUUUGUGAGGGCAGAGGAGUUCCCUGACUACGUCCACGCAACGACUGAAGACCGCGCCGCGGGACAAGAGUACUCGGUGAAAUGCACGCAUCUAGUCGGCUGCGACGGAGCCAAGAGUGCUGUUCGCAAUUGGAUGGGCAUAGAAUACGAAACCAUGAUGACCAUUUACAUUAAUGCGGACUUGCGCCCCGUGCUCGGAGACCGAGUCGGCAUGCUGCAUUGGAUCAUGGACCCCGAGACGGAGAAACACCCCGUGGAAUCCUGGGACAAGACGCUCUGUCGCAAGACAGUAGAUGCGGCUAUCGGCACCAAGGUCGAAUAUGAUGUGUUGAGCUAUAGGCCGUGGGUUCUGAGCAUGAGGGUGGCGAAGGAGUAUCGCAUGGGGCGGGUGUUUUUAGUUGGAGACGCCGCACAUUCCUUCCCUCCUACUGGAGGACUAGGACUCGAUAGUGGUUUGGGGGAUGCGCAUAAUAUGGCGUAUAAACUGGAAGCCGUGCAUCAUGGAUGGGGAAGUGGCAAGCUCCUCGAUACGUAUGAGUUUGAAUGCAGACAAGUGGCUGUGGUGAACUCCGAACAGACCGUCAGGAACGGCAAGGAGAUAUUCAAUCUAUUGAAGACACUGGGAACAACGGAUGCCGACACGAUCAUCAACCGUGGGAUCGAAGGCCAGAGAGAGCAUUUCGAUAACCUGGGUCUGCAUGUGGGAUACAUAUAUGGCGAUCAUCGGAUCCCCGAGAACGCAUCGAUUUAUCAUCCAGCUUGCGUCCCUGGGGCUCGGCUCCCUCACGCGUGGAUUCAGCAUUUACGUCCCGAGAAGCUGACCCUCCCCCCAAUCGACUCGUCGUACGUACCUGAACUAUCGGCGAACGAGGUCCAGGCGCGACGAUUCUCAACAUUGGACCUUUGUCCCUUUGACUGUUUCACGGUGUGGGUGGAUCAGGGGACAUCUGCAUAUUGGCAACAGGCCAUCGAAGAGCCUCCACAGCUCCCCACCGGAAUCCGGGACCGAUUGCAAAUCCAGACGGUCAUUCAUGGGGUGGAUUUUAAACUCCAACCCGGGGAAAAGGGCGACGAGUGGAUACGGCUGAUGGGGUUGAGGGAGGGUCAGGCCAUCUUGAAGCCCUCGGGCGAAUAUAGGCAGUAUCUGCCAGACCUGAGCCUGCCUCGAUUCCAGGCAAUGCGCAAGCAAGAUGCGCACGAGUAUGCGAAUGACUUCAAAACGGGACGGAAUCCGCCAUGGCUGCAUGCGCUGUACAUGCAUUGGUUGGACCUACUACAGGAGCCUUUCAAGGGAGUGACGACGGACGGAACUGUCCGCCCCGGUCUCUUCACCCUCCAAGAUGAGGACGUCCCCAUCGACGCCAUCGUCAACUCCGUACACUCCCUCUUUGGUACUCUCACACAACCUCAGCGCCAAUCCCUCUCCUAUCACAUCGACUCCCCCGAAUGGCGCACCUGGUCGAACCCGGAGUUCCUCCUUAGCGCCAAAGGCCUGCGCCUAGACGAAGUGACGCCCGCAGUCCGCGACGCCAUAAUGACCGUUCUCCGCACCACCCUAUCCCCCGAAGGCUACGAUAAAGCCGUCAAAGCGAUGCGCAUCAACCAUUUCCUCGGCGAACUGGUCGAGUCGCCGCGCGUCAUGAACGAAUUCUCCUACAACUUCGUGCUCUUCGGCAACCCGUCCACCACACGGCCCUGGGGCUGGUCGUUCUACGGCCACCAUCUCUGUCUGAACAUCUUCCUCUACCAGGGCCAGAUCGUCGCCUCGCCGUGGUUCACGGGCGCCGAGCCCAAUGAGAUCGACUCCGGGCCGCACGCCGGCACCCGCAUUCUACAAGUCGAAGAGCACCUCGGUCUGCAGCUAAUGCAGUCCCUGAGUCCCGACCUACAGACCAAGGCGCGCGUGUAUGCCCAGAUGCACGAUCCGGCCAUGCCCCCGGGGCGCUGGAACCGGGAUGACCAGCGCCAUCUGUGCGGCGCGUAUCGUGACAACCGCGAGGUGCCGUACGAAGGCAUCACGGCGGCAGAUCUCAGCGAGACGCAGAAGAUGCUCCUCUAUGGCAUCCUGGAAAAGUAUUUGCUCUAUCUACCGGAGCGGUCUCGACGGUUGAAACUUGAGCAGAUUCGACGGUUCGAGUCGGAGACGUAUUUCUGCUGGAUUGGAGGGUUUGGGGACCAGGAUCCGUUCUAUUAUCGGAUUCAGAGCCCCGUGGUAUUGGUAGAGUUUGAUCAUCAUUCGGGCGUGUUUUUGAACAAUGAGGAGCCGAAGAAGUUUCAUAUUCAUACGCUGUUGAGGACGCCGAAUGCGGGUGACUAUGGGCAGGCGUUGAGGCCGUUGAUUCCGCCGGUGGAGGGGCUGGUGGGGAAGGAGAUUACGUGGGAGAAGUCGACGUUGUGA